AUGAACAUCGUAGAAUGGGCCUUCGGAAAGCGCAUGACGCCGGCGGAACGGUUGCGGAAACACCAGCGCGCACUCGAGAAGACGCAGCGAGAGCUAGACCGCGAGCGCGUGAAGCUUGAGAACCAGGAGAAGAAGCUAGUCGCAGACAUCAAGAAGAGCGCAAAGAAUGGGCAGAUGGGGCCUCUGCGCAUCCAGGCAAAGGACCUGGUGCGCACACGGCGAUACAUCCAGAAGUUCUACCAGAUGCGCACACAACUGCAGGCGAUUUCGCUAAGGAUACAGACCGUACGCAGUAACGAGCAGAUGAUGCAGUCUAUGAAGGGCGCGACAACACUGCUCGGAAGCAUGAACAGGCAGAUGAACCUGCCCGCGCUCCAACGCAUUGCCAUGGAGUUUGAGAAGGAGAACGACAUCAUGGACCAGCGGCAGGAGAUGAUGGACGACGCUAUCGAUGAUGCCACUGGCAUGGAAGACGAAGAAGAGAGCGAAGACGUCGUCAACCAGGUCUUGGAUGAGAUAGGCAUCGAUCUUGGCCAGGCUCUUGGCGAGACGCCCAGCGGACUGCAGAAGAACGCAGUACCUGAAGCUAGGGUGGCGCAGGCUGUUGGCGGCGGCGGAGCUGACCCUGAUGACGACGACCUCCAGGCACGCUUGGACAGCCUGAGAAGGCGUCGGAGCGCCCAGGGAGGCUUGCUCUCGAAAAUGUUUGGCAAUGCAAAGGACGACGAGAGUCCCGCCGUCGACACCCCUGCCAACCAUGACGCGCCCAAACCCGCAGCCCCAGUGGCGGACAACGCAGCUGCUGCACCUACAAACACAACCAGCAACGGCUCCGCUUCCAUAGAUCGCAAGCCCAGUGACGCUUCUGCCCCCACCGAGAGAAAACGACGGAGUAGUGGCGUAUCGCGUGCCCGCGACAUGUUCUCGAGCGCGAAACAGUCGCUGCACCUAGGCGGCUCUUCUCCCACCAACACGACCAACAACACCAUGACCGAAAAGGCCGCCCCUCAGACGCCCAUGCAGAAGCUGGGCAAGUCGGAUGCUGCCCUCAGUGUCCCCCAGGGCUCCCUCAACAACUCGGCUGGCGAGUCGGCGCCCGGCCCACGAUCUACCUUCCGCGUCGGUGUCACAGAGGAUAAGAACAAGAAGUGCAGACGAACGAUGGAGGAUACCCACGCAUACCUGUACAACUUCCUGAGCACCCCAGCGCCCUCGUAUGCCGCCGACAAGGCCCGCGCCAUCUCCGACGCCAGCUCCACUCAGUCGGACCCUCUGUCGCAAGCUGUAGUUGAAACAGACAACGGAUACUUCGCCAUCUUCGACGGACACGCCGGAACCUUCGCUGCCGACUGGUGUGGAAAGAAGCUUCACCUGAUCCUGGAAGAGACAAUCCGGAAGAACCCCAACACCCCGAUACCCGAGCUGCUCGAUCAGACCUUCACCGUCGUCGACCAGCAGUUGGAGAAGCUUCCUUUGAAGAACAGUGGUUGUACCGCGGUCAUUGCAGUUCUGAGGUGGGAGGACCGAGUACCUAAUGCGCAAUCGUCCACCGGCUCAGUGCUCUUUGCACCCGCGGCUGUAUCGGCUAUCAAGCAUGCAGGCGAAGGCGGCGAGGCUACCGAUUCCGCUGUGGAGCCCGCAGCUGAACAGCAAGUCGAGGCGAGAUUACGCAACGAGGCCAGCCGACAGCGCGUGCUGUACACCGCCAACGUAGGUGAUGCGCGUAUUGUCCUCUGCCGCAAUGGCCGAGCGCUGCGCCUCUCCUACGACCACAAGGGCAGCGACGAGAACGAGGGACGCCGUGUUGCUAGUGCCGGCGGCUUGAUUCUCAACAACCGCGUUAACGGCGUCCUUGCUGUCACACGAGCACUGGGCGAUGCCUAUAUGAAGGACUUGGUCACCGGACACCCGUACACCACCGAGACUGUGAUUCAGGCCGAGCAGGACGAGUUUCUCAUUCUCGCUUGCGAUGGUCUCUGGGAUGUCUGUUCUGACCAGGAAGCCGUCGACCUAGUCCGCCAAGUUCACGAUCCGCAAGAAGCCUCCAAGAAGCUCGUCGACUACGCCCUCGCACGCUUUUCGACCGACAACCUCUCCUGUAUGGUCGUUCGCUUCGACAACAAGGCUCUUCGGCAGCGCAAGAACGACGCCGCGAUGGGUGUGGACGGUGACCAGUCGACCAUGAAGGGCGGAAUCACCGAGGCAGACGCCAUCGUAGCACAAGCGAAGAAGUCAAUUGGCGAGCCUGAGAUACCGGUCGAAGCAGCGGCACAGGAAAUUAUUAUGGAGGAGGCCGAGGCUGAGCCCGGUCCUGAGCUCAACUUGGACGCCGCAAAGGCAGCCAGGAAACACGACGCAUAG